AUGUCCCAACCCCUGUUCGGCCUCGUCCCGGCCGGCCAGCCCCUCAUAACGGAGCCGACCUCCGCACCGACGCCGACCUCGCUCCUCUUCUCCAUCCCGCCUGCUGCCGCGGCCACGGCCACGGCCUCCUCCCACAUCACCGUCUUCCUGCUGCCGGGCGCCGCACUGCCCCCCGGCACGGCGGCGGCCAUCUACCUCGUGACCCCCGGCGCCGACCCCUCCGGCACCCCGGCCUCGCGCUUCCUCGGCGGCAUCGGCCCGGGCAAGGAGAGCGCCGUGUUCAAGAUCUCGUCUUCGUCGUCGCGCACCAGUCCCAACUCACCCGGCGGACAGAGCUCGGUCGUCAUCGGCAUCGGCAUCGAGGACGCCGGAUCCGUGGCCCAGCGGGUCGAGGAGGCCGCCGCCUCUCGAGGGAUCACCGGCGGCGGCGGCGGCGGCGGCGCGCAGCAACCCAGCACUCAGGUCCUGGCGCAGAGGAUCAUCAAGAACGCGUUCAACUUCCUGUCGAGCUUCAGCGGCCAGGCCGGCCAGGUCGAGGUCGUGCCACUCAAGGCGUUUGAGGACUGGUGGCGCAAGUUUGAGAGCCGCGUGCGGACAGAUCCUGGCUUUCUGGAGAGGGAUGAUUGA